ACAAGGUAAAAUAAACCAACUUGCAAAAACUUUCAGCAUAUACUAAUAACGGAUGUCGUCUCCACUACUGGUACCUUGAACAUGACCAAGACAGCCAGAAUCUGGGAAUCCAUAGUUCCACCAAUCUUACAGUGUGUUCUAGGAGUACUUGGAAACUUAAUUGCACUCAUCGCUCUGAUAAGAGCCAGAAAGAGACACAAAUGGAGACCAUUUCAUAGACUGGUCGCGGGCUUAGCUUUGACGGAUGGCGGGGGAAUUCUAUUAGGCCUCCCAACCGUUUUUAUCAGAUAUGCCUCCGACUUUACCUACGAUUUUCCAAAGCCUCUGUGUGAAUACAGCUCUUUUAUUUUUACUUUUAUGCUGAUUUCCUCAGCAAUGAUUGUUUGUGCGAUGUCUUUUGAUCGCUUUAUGGCUAUUUUAUAUCCUUUCAAAUACAAUGUACUAAAUAAAAAAUAUCGAGCAAACAUCACGCUGAUUUCCAUCUGGAUUUUUGGAGCCUUCAUUUCCAGUUUACAUUUAAUGGGACUUGGAUCCAGUUUUAGCUACUAUCCAGGUUCCUGGUGCUUUCUGAACUUUAUUGGAGUAACCACCCUAGACCGAGCCAAUUCCUACGUUUACUCCUUAUUUGGAUUGCUGAUCCUAUUUACCACUAUCUCUUUUAAUGUGCUUGUCAUUGCGUCACUCUGUAGACAUUUUAGAGAGGACAACACAAUUUCCAAAACCAGACGAAGAAAAUCCGACAUCUUCAACGUGAUUUUAUUGCUCGUAAUUGUUACCCUUUUUACGAUUUGUUGGACCCCACUGAUGUUUACCAUUCUUGGGCAUGCGGCCUUGUGGAUCAGUGGCAAUGGGUCUAGAGAAUUAACCGUAGUAAGAUUUGGCAUCACCAAUUCCAUCAUCGAUCCCUGGAUAUACAUUCUUCUGAGAAAAGAAAAUUUCAAAGCUCUCCAGCUGCGAUUUAAGGGCAUUUUCGGAAAACUGGCUUUCGCAACAAACAGUGGUGAACAAGAUGUCACGCCAUCAUCUCAUUUGCGCAAAAAGAGUUUCGAUAACACUUUGUCGUCUGGUAAAACACUCUCGACAGACGACAUGAUUACUUUGGAUUUGAGUAAAAAGUGACCGAUUAUUUUCUACUUGAAAAACUCUAUGUUC